CAAUUAGUCGACAAAAAAAAGAGGCAAGAGAACCAUGGAAGACACCCUUACUAGUUCUACUGAUCAGUGGGUGCAAUCCUAUGACUCUUUUCACUCUCCGGUACCAUUCUCCGACUCCGCGUUCGCCACGACCGGUGUGGAGAGCACCUUAGUAAGCCCUAACAAUUCACAUAGAGCUAUUGAUCAUCAUCAUCAUCAACAACAACAUCAAUUGAGUCCAAAGAGUACUGGGUGUGCAUCAAAGCCAAUCCGAAGGAGGUCUAGAGCUUCUAAGAAGACACCAACCACUCUCCUUAAUGCCAAUUCUACAAACUUUCGAGCUCUUGUGCAACAAUUCACUGGAUGCCCUAGAGCACCAAUAUCAUUUGCAACCCAAAAGGGUCCUAUCACCUUGAAUUUUGGUGCUGGGAGUGCUAAUAAUUAUAGUUUCAGUGAAGAUUUUCGUGAAAAGUCUUAUCGUCAGCACCCCGAACAAGAAAAUUGGAGUCAACAAAACGAGCAGCAACAACAUCAACAACAGUACCAACAACAACAACAACAACAACGUUACAAAUUACUUGACAGUGUUUCUAAUGAUGCGUCUAACAGUGGUUCCCCAAAUGUGGAGAUCGAGGAUGACUUCGUCCUCGAUGAUUUUUCCUUGGAUGAGCUUACUAGGGAGUAUUUGUUCUCGAAUGGAUAUAGCUAAGGCUCGAUCGAUGGUAAUUCUCUUUCAAGGAGCCUAGCUGGAUUCCCUCUAGCUUAUACAUGAUGUGUUUAAUUUUCUUCAUUUUAUGAUCAUUUGAUCAUCAAGCUAGGUUGUGCAAUAGUUAGCAUCCUCCUUUAAUUUUAGGUUUUGAUUUGUCAAGUAGUUGAAAUUAAUGUGAAAAGGAUGCAGCUUUGUGUAUGAAUUGUCUGUGUGUUGAUUUUGUCAUAAAUGGUAUGGAUGUGUGAAAACACAAAUAUAUUUUUUU